AAUGCAAAAAGAGAAAUAAUAAAGAGUGAUAACUUGAGCGUUAAACUGAGAUUUAACAGUCAUCCAUAAACCUCCAGAGCCCCCUAACAAGUUCAAUUGUGUUGUAUCCCUUUUUCUUUCCCUCUUCAAUGGCUUCCGACACCAUAGUUAUCGCAUGGGGUUCAGGAGAAGAUGGGCAGCUAGGAAUUAGUAAUAACGAGGAAAAAGAAUGGGUUUGCUCAAUCGAAUCUCUUAACUCUAGAAAUGUUCGCUCUGUUGUUGCUGGUAGUCGUAACUCUCUUGCUAUUUGUCAAGAUGGCAAGUUGUUCACUUGGGGUUGGAAUCAAAGAGGCACAUUAGGUCACCCCCCUGAUACUAAAACUGAGAACAUACCUAGUCAAGUCAAAGCUCUUUCCACUGUCAAAAUUGUGCAGGCAGCUAUUGGUGGAUGGCAUUGUCUGGCUGUUGACGAUCAAGGCCGUGCUUAUGCUUGGGGUGGAAAUGAGUAUGGGCAAUGUGGUGAAGAACCAGAGAGGAAAGACGACUCAUCUAAGCCUUUAAGGAGGGAUAUUGUCAUUCCUCAGCGAUGUGCUCCCAAGCUUUCAGUUCGGCAGGUUGCUGCUGGAGGUACACACUCAGUGGUCCUUACACACGAAGGACAUGUAUGGACAUGGGGCCAGCCAUGGCCUCCUGGGGACAUAAAGCAAAUUUCCACUCCUGUAAGAGUACAAGGUCUUGAAAGAGUGAAGCUAAUUGCAGUUGGGGCUUUUCAUAAUUUGGCUCUGCUUGAGGAUGGAAGUUUAUGGGCAUGGGGUAAUAAUGAAUAUGGGCAGCUUGGAACUGGAGACACACAGCCAAGAUCGCAACCCAUUCCUGUUCAAGGCUUAUCUGAUCUUAUUUUGGUUGAUAUUGCUGCUGGAGGAUGGCAUUCUACAGCAAUAACGGAUAAAGGAGAGGUAUAUGGUUGGGGAAGAGGUGAACAUGGGAGGCUUGGAUUUGGAGAUGACAAGAGCAGCAAAAUGGUUCCCCAAAAAGUUCAGCUUCUAGUUGAGGAGAAUAUCGUUCAGGUGUCAUGUGGGGGCACCCACUCUGUUGCAUUAACGAAGGAUGGCCGCAUGUUUUCUUUUGGGCGUGGUGAUCAUGGUCGGCUUGGAUAUGGAAGAAAAGUAACAACAGGUCAUCCUUCCGAAGUUCCCAUAAAUCUCCCCCCUCCAAAUUCCGACGACGCAGAAGCUGAGGGACAUUGGAGUGCCAGACUUGUUGCUUGUGGUGGCCGUCAUACUUUGGCAAUAGCAGAAUGGUGUUCUGAUGUUGUUUAAGAGAUUAAUAUGAAGCCACGGUUUUAUAACUACUCUAAAAGUAAACUAGAAAUAUUGUAUCUUUUCAGUUAGAGAACAAUGCACAACUAUGAAUAUCUUUAGUGGUGGGAGUGUACCCCUGCACUCAACUUCAGAUGGUUCCCAUCGUUACAGCAGCGUGGGUCCUUCACCCUUUGAGCAUUACAUAAUAGAGUAACUAUAAGAAACAUCUUUUGAAUAAAUGCAGACGUUUUCGGUUUUUUUUUUC